CGCGCCGCUUCCGGUGGCGCUGGCGAGCCGGAGCCGACCGUGUCGCCAGAGAGCAGAGAGAAAGAGGUGCGGUGUUGCGUGACUGGGUGCGAGCGACCGUGGUGCGUGUGUGUUUGUUGUGUUGUUAAGCGUAUAAGCGGGUUCCACGAGGUUCCCCGUGUCCUCCGCCUUUUCGGGUAGUACGCGAGUACGAGCGGACGGCGAGAAAACGCCCGGAUACGGAGAAUCGGGAGAAACGAGGAAGAGAAAGAGAGAGAGUGAGUGAGCGAGCGAGAACGAGCGAGCGAACGAGAAAGAGUGAACGAGUGGGGGAGAGAGAGAGAAAGAGAGGCCAGCGGGGAAAAGCAGAGGUGUCGUCCACCAAUAUUGAUAAAAGAGAAUAGAGGCCGCGAUGUCGUCAUAUAUCCAGGUGGCCGAGGACGAGGGCGAGGAGCCCAUCGAGUUGCCGACAGAGGACGACACCACGCUGCUGCUCACCACCCUGUCCGCCCAGUUCCCCGGCACCUGCGGCCUGAAGUACCGCAACCCGGAGUCGCGGACGAUGCGCGGCGUCCGGCUGGUCGACGGCCGUCUACAUCCGCCCGAGAACGGCUGGGGCAAGGCGAUUUACUUCUGCGUAUUUCCCAAAGAGAACAAACGUAAAUCUGAUGACAAUUUGGAAAAUUCCACAGCUAAGACUAAAAGAAUGGAAACCAAGUUGCGUUGCACCGACUUGAUUGUACUCGGUUUGCCGUGGAAAACCACCGAGCAGAACUUGCGCGAGUAUUUCGAAACGUUCGGCGAGGUUUUAAUGGCACAGGUAAAGAAAGAUGCAAAAUCCGGGCAAAGCAAGGGAUUUGGCUUUAUUCGAUUUGGAAGUUAUGAGUCGCAGUUGAGAUGCCUCGCUCAACGUCAUAUGAUAGACGGCAGAUGGUGCGAUGUCAAGGUUCCUAACAGUAAGGAAGGAAUGAUACAACAAGUACCCUGCAAGGUAUUCGUCGGCCGCUGUACUGAAGAUUUAACCGCGGACGACCUACGAGAUUAUUUCUCCAAAUUCGGCGAAGUGACGGACGUGUUCAUCCCGAAACCCUUCCGCGCGUUCUCGUUUGUUACUUUCCUAGAUCCCGAGGUCGCCCAGUCGCUCUGUGGCGAAGAUCAUAUUAUCAAGGGCGUCUCGGUACACGUCUCGAAUGCCGCGCCCAAGUCCGAGGGCAACAAUAAGAAUUUCAACAAUCAAGUGAACUCGAACAUGCGGGGCGGCAGGGGCGCGCCGGGACCCGUCGAUAAUAAUGUCCAGGGCAAUUAUCAGGGUAAUCGUUACAUGGGCCAUUCGGGCAACAAUAUGGGCCCGAACGGCUGGAACAAUCCCGGUAAUCGUGGCAACCUCGACAUGCCGAAUCUACAGGCUCUAGGUAUCACCGGGCAGAACAACGGCGGUGGCGGCGGGGGCGGUAUGUCGAAUCCGCUGGCGAUGGGUGGUCUGAAUCUGUCCGCGCUGCCGGUCAACCCGGCGCUGGUGGCCGCCGCCCUGAACCAGGCGUCCUGGGGUCUGAUCGGUAACCUGCAGAACCAGGGAAACGACCAGGGUUAUUCGAACCAGCCGGGCCCACCGGGCCAGCCGCCCUCCGGUAACAAUACCAUCGGCAACAGCGGCAAUUCCGGCUUCCUCAGCUGGAUGAACCAGGGCGGCGGCGACGGCAACACGGGCAAUCCCGGCACCGGCGGCCCCGGGCCGAAUAACCCGAACGCGUCCCAGGGCGCCUGGCAGAAUCACCCGGGCCAGCGCGACCAGAAGUCGAAUACCUUUCUCAAGUACGAGUAAAUUCAACCGGGGCCGUGGGUCUACUCGUAAAACCAAACGGAUCCUCUAUCCACGGGUCCCGACGCAACAACCAUAACGAACGGUGAUAACUUGAACCGCGACGAGAUCGACGCGCUUCCUGGAGGAGAACGCGCUUCUUCUCCAAGAAGCGCAUCAAUCCCGUCCCAGGAACAAAAAAAAAGAAUGAAAACCAGAGCCUAUAGUACGUUGACGUUUUUUCUAAUGUUUUGCACUAAUCGCCACUGCGUGUAUUAUAAUGUUUCGAUAUCCCCCCCUUCCUCCACCUCUUAUUGAUUUAACAAAUUAGCACAAUUCCGUUCGUUGAAAGAAAUGGCUUAGGUUUAUGAUAAAUAAAGGCGGAUAGCUCCGAUCAUGCGUGACGCCCGCUUGCGUCGUCUCUCUGGUGUGAGCGUACGAUAAGAUAUGGUUUAAGUAAAAUCGACGAUACGUGUGAGGUUGAUGUGUGAGCGGCGUUGCUGUGCGUCAAGGGUGAGAUUGUAUAAUCGAGUACAUUUAUCGCUUAGCGUAGUGAUUGGUAAACCGAGUAGUUUAUACUCUGUUAUACCUGACGAGAUCUGAGUCUCAAGAAGGCUUAAGCUACUUCAAGCAUUUAUCGACCCCAGUGAAGCGUACACUAAACUGUAUUCUUACCCAGACAAAAAUUACUGCCGCACAGCUCGUAUAGAGAAUAAUUAUAGUUACAUCUCCAUUCUAUUUAAGUGUGUAACAUUUUCAUGUAGAAAAUAAUUGUAGCCACAAUCGUUUUUUUCCUUCAUUUUUUAUUUAAGUAUACAACGUUUACCCAUCUAGCAAUUAUUGUUUAACUAUUUGGAAGUGGGAAAUAGCUCAAGUCUUCCUUUGUCGCAAAUCUUUUUAACAAAGGGGGCUUUAAUGAAUAUUUACUUGAUAGCAUUUGUUGAGAUAUUGAUUUUAUCUAAUCGCGUCUUUGGUUUAAUCGUAAUUAACUGAAUUUUCUCCCCUACGUCCGUGUCGGAAAUUGCGACGUAGGAGGAGAGACUAGAUCGAUCGCCUUAGUCGCAAACCAAGUUGGUUUGUAACCGGGACGACCGAUCUAACAGGUGCAAUGUGGUUGGUGACUGCGAGACCAAAGCCAAUUAAUCUGAGUAUCGAAUUGAAAGCCGCGUCGAAUUGCUAGACGUAGUAAAAGGCGUUUGUAUGUAUUUAACGAUACAAUAUGAUGACUUGCCACUUGAAUGCUAUUACAUGGAAUUUCAUUUCAUUUCUUGCGCAUUAUUGUUUAACGACGGAUCUCUUGAUUAUUUUAGAAUUAUGAUUUUUUCCCCUGUAUUUUCCGUGUAUACUGAAGAUCCAGAAUUGCGAAUUUUGCUGCCGCGAGAAUGAACGGUUUCUUCCGAAUCGAGGGUCCUCCGUCUUAAAGCCCGCGGUUGCUCUUGAAAUGUUUUUAUCUCUCAAUAACAUUUUCCAGCAAGAUGUUUUCUCGCGACAAUUUUAUUUCGUAACCCACUGUAACAUCGCCGUUGCACGAGCGAGAGAUUACUCAUGUUAACUUGCCUCAAAGAGACCCAUUCCAAAAUAAAUUCGGAACAAAUGUUACGGAAUAAUGGGUUUUUAAGAUUACAAGAAUUUCGGAGAAAGAAAAUAGAUUUUCGUCGAGAGAUAAUCAAUAUUGAAAUAGAAAAUUAGCUGUGCUUAAACCGAACAUUGUUUUUGGUUGUGACGCAAUGUUAUUUCUGUGGAAACCCAAUCUUAUUCUCUUUCGCUGUAUUCUUUACCGGCUUCGCAAAAGAUCCAUCAUUUUCCAAAAUAUUAACAAGAUCGUAGGAAAGAGUGUACAAAUUGCGAUUGAUGUGACUGUCUGAAAGUGUAUGAAUGUGUCAGAAUAGCUCGCAGCACACCUAGAGACUGAUCGCAGCUAUCCGUAUUGUAUAUUAUUAUCUAUUUGAACUUCUGUUUCAAAUAUCUCAAAUGUAACACAUAAAUAGCUUAUUAUGUGAGAAUUUUACACUAGUGUGCUAGGUGUGUCAAAAUUAUCGAUCGAUGUGUGUGAAAGAAAGUCGUUUGAUCAGAUUUUUUUCCAUUUUAAUUGAGUGAUUUGAAGAAAGCGCGGGAAGAAAACUGUCUAGAUGUCUUAUAUGUCUGUGUAUAAUGUGUCAUAAGUUCUGAAUGAAAUAACACUUGAUGAAAAGACUUUCGAGCCGAUUUCCCGAUUGAACGAUAAUGAAAACGAUAGCUUUACUUGGUCGAGAGUAUUUAUUUUUCAAAGAAAGAAAGAAAGAAAAAAAGAAAGAGACUCAUAAGCACGAAGAAGGAUGCAAUUCACAUCUCACAGUUAUAGUCAAUAACUUUAACAUAAACAAAAUAGCUACGUCGCAGUCGAACAUAAAAUACCGCAUUUGUCGCCGCGACAUCACUGUAUAUCACAUUAAAGGAAUUAUUUAGAUUGACUAUUUCAGAGCUACGCUAAUUAUCUCUUAUGAGUAUAUUAAUUGAGAGAAUAAAAUAAUCCUUCUAUUAUAAGAGAUGCAUGUAUACUGUUGUGCUCUUCGUUUGGUCGUAUAGUGAUUUUUCAUCGACUUCCUUCUUUCGGACGCGAGACAUUACUUAAUAUAACAAUUUUAAUAAUAUACUCUCUCGCUCUUUCUCUCUCAUUAGCGUGAAUUCUCGUCGGUGUUUCGCGUGUCGCGUGUACAGGUGGGAAGAAAAACAAAGUCUCCUCCAGCUUUGAGAGUGUCAAACUGAAUUUGCUCGACGCACGUGUGGUGCGUGUGUGUGUGCGCGCGCGCAGCGAGAUAGGUUGAAUGUAUUUGUUGAUGGUCGUCUCAGAAACUAUAAUAUACAGGCGUAAGUUUUUACUACUUAGCAAAAGUGAUGAUGUCGUUUGUUUAGAGCACCGAGAACGCGUGUACUUGGCGGAGCGAGUUGAAGAAAUGAGGUGACUGAAUAAUAAUGCGCGAGGCGAGCGAGGGAACGUUGCGGUAUAUAGAUGAGAAUGAGCAAAAGUCGUCCAGUGUGUGUCUGCUAUACAUUUAGAUUGAGAAGAGGUUGUUUAUAUACGUAGUGUGUGUAAAAAAAAGAAGAAGGUUAAAUUAUAUACGCAACACACAUACACACACAUACUCACACACACAUAUGUACACGUACAUACGCAUACAGGUUUCAAUGAGAAGUUUCAACGGACGAUGUGGAGUUGAUCGCGCAUUCUGCCACGCUAUUAAGUCUAUAAAUUGUUAAAAUAAUCUAUCUAGAAGCUGCGGUUUAAGACAAGCCUUCAGCAGACACUGGAACCGUACCAAGCUUUCGUCGCCGAGGCACGAAUGUUCGCGCUUUUAAUCCCAUUUACAUCUGAAAAUGUUUUCAGGGAGAAAUGUAGUUCCUGACGGUGCGAGAAGCGAAACAAAAAAAAAUAGAAUAAAAUAAGAUAACUUGUGUAAGAGAUGAAGUAAAAUCGUUGAUGGAUGACUGGAUAACAGUUGACUGGUCAGUUCGAACAUUCGUGCGUGAGUCGUCGCGAUUACAGAUCUACGUGGUCUGACAAUUAAGUUUUGUAGACGUGUCUCUUAUUUUUUUAUUACCCACUGAAAACAACACUAGAAGUAGAUCGGUACACUUUCUCGUCUCUUCGUUUACAUUUUGUUUUAAUGGCGCGUAAACAAUAUGCCGGAUACUCGUUAUUCAUUUGCGAUUAUUUAGCUGGAAUGUCAAUUAUUUGUAUUAGAUUCACAUCGAUCCUAUUACACUCAAUACUGUAUUUACUUACGUCGUCUGAAAUAAGUUAUUAACCGGUUAUUGCGAUAAAUAUCACCGUACGCCUCGGUAAUCGAAUUGACAAAGGUGUCGCGGAUUGUAGGGAAAUUCGAAUUCUGGCCGAGGCAAUUUUUAUCUUCCGCAAAGAAUUCUCUGUGAUUUUAAUAUGAUGCUUAUUAAAAAUGAAAUCGACUUAAAAGUAUGUGGAUUUAUUGUUCCAACAAAAAGCUGUGUUUUAGGACCGACAAAUAAUCAGCGCGUGCAGUUCACCGAAGUUGAGUUGAGAAAAGUAUAAAAGGUUCACGCAGAAAUCCUUAUUAUUAGACUACCAAGCUCCAGUCCGAUCGAAAAUGGCAUCUUCUUUAUCUACUUGUAACGAAUAUUUUUGUUUCAUUUGGAAAGAGAAUCCUUUGUUCGGGUAUAGAAUCGGCAACGACGUGCCCCUGAACUACCCUAGUAGCACAGCGCAUUGACCAAGCAUCGGCCCAAUAUUUGGUUGUAUUGGGCCAACGUUUAGCCAAUGCACUGUGCUACUAGGGUACUCGGCCCAUCCAACGAUGCCGCAGACGGAGAUAAAAAUAGUAGCAGUGAAACGAUCUCUUGAAAUUAAAGUCCUAAUUUUAAGAGACGACAUGUAAAACUUAUUUUAGAAGAAAUGAAAUAUUUUUAUCACCUCGUUUAAGUGGAAUUCGAAGCUGUACGCGGGGUUAGAUCAACGUCUGUGGAUUCUAAUUGUCAGAUCACGUAUUUCAAGUCGUUUAAAAUAGCGGUACCUACGGCAUUACCGGCAUCUUCUCGCGAUCCCUCAAUCAGUGAGUUUCUCGCGCGGGACGAAUAGUGUCCAUUGCUCAAAGGAUGCAAAACGAUUUGGAAGUGAUCUUAUGAGGUGUGUAAAUAUGGACUGAUAUAAAGCAAUUUUAGUAUCGCUCACCAAAAAAAUGUAACGAAUUUUAUUGUAGAGUUAGCUGCGCUCUGUAAAGUCGCUCGAUAUUGUUGCGCCCCGAGAGAGGGAGAGAGAGGAAACGGGGAUGAAGCUGUACGAGAUACGUGUGUCGUGGAAACGUUUGCCGUGUGAGAAUGUUUGAUUCCGAUCCGUCGAUCUCGCGGCUGUUAAGGGGAAUCCCUCGAGCCGCGCCGGUGGAAGAGCGCGGCGGCGAGGAAACCGCGAAUCCGGCAUUCUUUUACACUUUUGAGACAUAUACUUGGAGCUAUAUACAAACGAGUCAAAUGUGAGUCGAGGCUACCGUGGAUUUUUUUACGUGUGCGAGAACGACUUGAUUUUUGCGCGUGUAUCGCAACCCGUCGAGCAAAAGGGAGAACAGUUGAUCGCGAUCUCUUUGUCCAGCAGCGGCGGUGUGCUGUGUGCGAGAUCUCGUAAAUGUGAAAAUUAGGAUCGGAGCGCAACGCGACGAGACGUGGGUCGUAAACGUAGCGCACAAGUUUUGACGUAAGUGUAACAUCGUAUGUAAUUGAAAGUAUACGAUAUACGUCAAAGCUUGUGCGCCGUCUGCGUUUAUGACUUACGUCUUGCCGUUUUCGCUUUGCGCUCUGAUCUCUGGAUGAUCGCGUACGACAUCGCGUUUCCCAGUUCGUGCCGACGGUAUUGCCGUGAAGCUGUAAAACGUUUCGCCGAGUUGAUACUCAAUGCUCUCCGUAACGUUCUCCGUUGAUUGUAGUGUACAUUGAAUUAUGCCGAGAAUAAAAGACCCAAGCAUCGUGGGGGUACCACAGA